GUAUGGUUCAAUUGGAAGCGAAUGAAAACUAUUUUACAACAUCUUCUGUUGUGUUUUAAUAAUAUAAUUAUUUAUAUGGCAGCAUUUCCAUCGUCGAUGCUGUCAUUAUGAAACGUGAACAUAAAUUCGACCUUGACAUUUAUUGAGCCUAGCAGUCAAAAGCGUCUGCACGGCAUUUGUCCGAGGCUAUAUUUAAAAGCCCAGUAGUUUUAGUGGUUAGUUGGACCUCGUGACCUCUGAACCAAAUGCUAAAUACUUAGCAUGGUAUUGCGAUACGUAUGUCGCAUUAGGUGUAGAUACAAGCAGACAAUACAGCGACAUGUAAUGAUGUCAUCCGCUACACCAACUACAGACCAUCUUCAGAGAACAGCUGACAAUACAAGACAAAAAGUGAUGUCUCCUGCCACUGUGAUGAACAUCCAAGACGAGUCAAGCACUGUCAAAAGUCUGGACCUGAAGAUCCAUAAUGAAGACUUCAGCUUUAAGGCAGGUCAGUGGGUGGAUAGCCACAUCCCUGGUGUAGAUACAGUAGGGGGCUUCUCCAUGUGGUCGUCACCGGGUCUGCUACAUAGGGACGGGAUGCUGCAACUGGCCGUCAAACGCAGCCCUCAUCCACCUGCACACUGGGUGCAUACAAAGUGCAAGGUGGGGGCUCAAGUGGACCUGCGUGUGGGUGGCGACUACUUCUAUGACCCUCAGCCAGGCGAAGAGCCUCCCACAAACCUGCUGCUGGUAGCGGGUGGGGUCGGGAUCAACCCCCUCAUGAGUAUGCUGAGCCACGUUCAUGAUCUGCAGCAGAUGGCGACGACACGCAGCAUGUGCCCAAACAAGGUCAUCCUCAUGUUCAGUGCCAAAACCAAGGAGGAACUUUUGUUUAGGAAAAGAAUUGAUGAAUUAUGCAAUAUGAAGUCAAACAACAUGUCAUCAAUGUAUUUCAUCACAGAGGAGACAGCUGGGAAAGGAGACAACACUGUUUACAGUCGAAUCAAAGAGCAGCACAUACAAGAAGUGACGGACAGGUUGAAACAAGGGAAGGUGGAGUGCUACCUGUGUGGUCCAUCCCCCAUGAUAGCAAGUAUAGAAACAAUGCUUAAGGCUUGUGGCAUCACUGAACCCAGCAUUCACUACGAGAGAUGGUGGUAGAUGCUCUGGGAUUGUAUAUUGGAGGAGUAUCAUGGCAUUAUGGAAUUCCUAUGGUAUGUUUUAUUGAGUUUUAAGCACAUAUCAGUUGUGCCCUUGACAAAUGUAGUGAUAAUUCCAAUGAAGUGUUGCUGUAUUUGUCAUAGGAAUUUCCAUGAAGCCCUCAAAAACCUGAAUAAAAUCUGUGAUCACUGAGCAGUCUCAAUUUUUAUUGAUUUACAAUUUCAGGUUUUCAGGUAACUGUAGUACUUUUCCCUUGAUAAUUCAGGGUGGAACUGGUCCCUGUACUGCAUGCUUGUGGUUAGAGUAACUACGAAAUCAUUGCUUUUACUGCUCUGCUAUUACUGUUGGAUAUCUAGUGGUCGCUGACACAUAGCUACGAUUCACGCCUUCAUAAGCUUCUUCUUCAGUAGAUGUUGAAUUUGCACCGUCCUUCACCAGCUCCGUCACUGUACCUUACAGAAUAUCAUUUAACCAUAUACCCCCUUGUUCCCGAACCACUUACCUUCAAGUUCACCCAGUAUUUCAACUGAAAAUGAAUUUUGUCAAAAGGACUGCACCUGUCAAAACAAAGGGGUCGAGUUUACUGUUGGGCCAAUGUGUCUAAAAUUCGUAACCUCGACAGAGACAGCAAACUCACAAAACUCAACUCCUUUCCUACUGCAACAGGAAUAAUAGUAGAUUAUAUGUGGAUACAGAACACCCCCCCACCACCUCCCAUGGGGUGUCUAUGAUGUCAUUGACCUAUGACCUCCAUAUGACCUGCCCUUGACCUCUGACCUCAUUUGAUAUUUGUGAGGUCACACUAUUGUCCUUAGGUCAACAGGGAGUUGAAUAGGUACUGUAGUCAAUCGCACCUCUGUCAAUAAGGUAUUGAGACCGAAUUGAAUAGCUAUUUUAGGGGAGUUGACAGAAUAACUCAUUAAUAUGCAAAUGUAUGCAUGACGUCACAGGUCAAGUAGGUUAAUAAAGGGUCAACUGACCAGAUGCAACCAUGCAAUUAAUUACUUGACCAUUCGUUUACCGUAGAACACGGGAUAGUAAUGAAUGUCCCUAUAUGGAAAUGUUACUACGACCGGGGUUGGGUUGGGUCUUGACGCAGAAUGGAACAGGUUAAUGUAGAAAGAUCUCCCAGAUAUUCAGUUACGUUAAUAAAGGGUCAACUGAUCGGAGGCAAUCAUACAGUUAAUUACUUGACCAAUCGUUAAACGUAGAACAACACGUGUCUAAACACAAGGUGGCGGACGUUGGCAUGCACGCUCACAGGCGUCACGUGACCUCGGUCAGACUUAAAUUUGUCUGAUACAGACUAUACUAGACUCCGUCCGACAAGUUAAACGCUUGACUGCACCCUAUACCAUGGCCAGCCACCCACCUGUAGAUGAUAUAGUCCGUUCUACAUAGCGUAUACAUUUGUAAACACAUCCAACUAAGCCUUAUCUUUCUUUCUUUUUUCCCCUUGGAAUUAGACACAGCAUAGUUUUGAAGUACAAUGGGAAACGGCGUAGUGUACCAACUUAUUAUUUUAAUAAAUUGAACCUUGAUACUUU